AUGCCUCUGCAGGUUCCAUUGGUGUGCUACAGACUGAUAUCCUUCAUACAGAUGCUUUCCCGAGCAGCAAUCCGCGUCACUUCGUCCCCGACAUCUAUGGUCGCCUCCCGCCGGGCAUUCUCUACCACCCGCGCCCAGCUGUCAUCCCCAUACCACUACCCCGAGGGCCCAAGAUCGAACAUCCCAUUCAACCCAUUGACAAGAUUCUUCGCCUUUAGAUACUGGACAUUCAUGGCUGUUGGAUUCGGCACUCCUUUCGGAAUCGCAGUCUGGCAGACAUACAAGAACCAGUAG